GGAAGUGGCUGUUAUGACUGUACCGCGACUACAAGAGAGUAGCCUUAUUACGAUUUCCCCAUAUCCGGAAAUACGUCGUUACAGUGGAUUUAAGAAUUAUCCCUUGGCAAAGGAGUGAUUGACGUCGUCUCGGGUCAGGGUAACUCUUCCGGGAUUUAGUCCUGGAGUUCCCCAGUUGCGAUGUCCGAGAUGGCGCUGGGAGCAGCUACCAGUGGAAACGGGGAGGGGGACCCUCCAGUUGACACCCCAUCGUAUAUUACAGGUUGUGUAUAUCAACCAAUUCAAACGACUGGGCUGGAUGGAAAAAAAGUUUUGAAAUUACUUCCAGUUUCUAAACCUUUAAAUAACUUGAAGAAUCUGGUUCAGUCUUCAGUCGUGUCCCAUGAUGUUAAAAGAAAUGUUUCACUAUCUGUUCAUGAUUACGUGAAGACUUCAUUUAAAAAUACAAUUACAUCUCCUGCUGCUAAAAUCUCUGAAUUAAAGACUGUUGCAGCCAAUCGUUUAAUUUUACUGAAGCCUUUAAAUCAACAAGAAAAAGUUAAUGUAACUUUUGUUGUAAAACAAAAUCCAAUUACAUCAACAGUUUCUGGCAUUCAGAGUAGUUAUUCAGCUGAUAGAUCAUCCUUACAGAAAUCUGUUGCUCCAGUUUGUUCAGACACGAGCACAGCAAUUGUGAAAAUAGAAAAUACUCCACUUUCUAUGAAACCUCCAGUGUUACCUUCUGGCCAUCACCUUCAAAUACCUGCUCAUGCCAAAGUUAAAACUCUUCCAGUUUCUGUUUUACCACCAGUAAUUCAGGAGAAAAUCCUGGCUACAGUUCCAGCCUCAAAUGCUUCAGGGAAGGGUGAGAUUAUCAAUGCACCAACUGUUACCUUUGUAUCACCAGUAAAUACAGUGAAAAUGCCUGAUUCCAAAUCAUUGGAAACCAAAUAUCCAAAACCAGUGGAAGAAGUAUCCAGUUCUUUAAUACCGGCAACACCACAAAAGGUUAACAAUAACUCUGCUGUAGAAGUAUCAACCUCUGCUAGCAUGGAAGAUAAGACAAAUCCUAUCAAAUGGGUUGUUCAUGAAAAUCCACGGUCAUCAACAUCUUACCUUGUCCCUGUAAAAUCAUCUAACAAGGUGGCAUCUAAGCUCUUAAAAACAUUGGCCGAUAUGAAAAAUACCAAAAGCAAUUCUACCAGUAUUUUGCCUGUUUGUCCUAGCAGCUUCUAUGAAAGUCAUGCAAAAAUGCCUUCUACAAAAGACAGUUCUCUAGUAAUGUGCAAUGGAAAGGUGUAUUUACUGGCUAAAAAAGAAGCUAAUAUUUUAUCAACACUCAAGCCUAGCAAGCAAGAAAGCACAAAUGUCAGAAAACAAACAUCAGAAUCAAUUAGUUCAGUUACAGAUAAUACCAUGACCAAUCAGGUUAUCAAUAUUGUGUUAUCAAAAAAUAAAAGGAUUGCAUCUAAUGUAAAAGAACCUACAUUUAGUGACAAUUCGAUACCGUAUCUAGAAUCUGAAGUAAGUAAAGAUUUUAAAGCAGAAUCGACACCUUCUGCCUCACCGCAUUGCAGUCUUCAAAUAAGGAGCAUCAGCCAACAUGAAGCAUCCUCCUCAAGGAGUGUUUCUGUUGGGAUAAAUGUUGCCCAGAAAUAUGUCACAAAAGAAAACACAUAUGAUACUGCACAGAAAGAUCUUUCUUCUAAAGCAGCUGCUGAUCCUACAUUACCAACUUUGGUACAUCGUGCAGUCAAAGAGGAAGAACAACAGGUUAAAAUAACUUCAGGAAUGAAACAUAUCCAAGAACAACAGAAAAAACAGUAUCUUCAGUUGAGAAAGAAAUUUGGUCUCUUUAAAGAAGAGAGAGUUUAUCUUAGGAGAGCUUCAUCAGUUCCAUCUAAAAGCACAGAAGCAUCUGUAUUUUCCAAAAGUGUACAAAUGAAUGACAUUGAUAAUUUGUUGUCUAUGCCUAUGAAAAGUGAAUCUGAAAAAGAAGAAACGAUAAAGAAACAAGGGGAAAAGAUGAAUAUAAAGAGGAAGACAAAAUCAAUACCAGUUUUAGAAAAUCCAAAGAAGAGAAAAAAAGAUGUUACAACAAUGCAGGACUCUGAGUGUAACAACUCCUAUUCCGCAAUGGAAAACUUGAAUAAUUCUUGCACACGGGACUUAUCAGAACAAGAGCAGUCUACUAGUUUUCUUCAGUGUUCCCACAAAGUCUCAAAUCCUUGGGUUCACAACAACAACAGUGUUUUGAAUUCUACUUCUAAUUGCCACGAAAAUGAAAAUGAAACUGCUCUCAGUGAAGGUUUUUUCAAAAAGGAUCUUUUUCCUUUCAGCCCCCCAGACUUGGAAGAAACAAUAAAAGAUGAGAAAAUAACAAGGCUUAAACUGUUGCUGAGGGAACGAGAGGCAGCCUUGGAAGCGAUUAGAAAAAAAAUGCAUCAGUGUUAACAAAGCUAAUUUGCCAGUUGCUGAAAUGUUAUCUGUUGCUGUUCAUUUAACCUACCAUAAAUCUAAUUUUCCUAAUGUUUACAUGGUAUUAAUAGGUAUAAGUAUGAACGAAUGAACUCCAAUUCCAAGACAAAAGUAUGCAAAUCUAGAAUCUUAUUGACAAGAAUAUAACUUGCUCAGAAAUUUAUUUAAUUCAUUAUAAUUUUUAUAGUAAAUACAAUUUAUAUUCAUGCUGAUCUUAAUCAGUAACCAGAGUGGUUUCACAGAUGAAAUGUAGAUAGAAUUCUUCAGUUGAAAAUGUUUUGAAAGCAUAUAACUAGCUUAAUCCUGACAGAAAUGUACUAGCUUAGAUAUUAUUUAAAACACUCAGUGAUUAAUAUUGAUCUGUUAUUUAAGUGAGUAAAUUUGUUCCAAAACUCAAAAUAACAUAUUUUGUUUGGUCACUAAAGAUCAGUAGGUCCUUUAAUUUCUCAAGAGAUGAAAUUUUGAUCCUGACUUAAACAAGUAAUAUACUGAAAAAUAAUUAGAACAGUAUAGUAAUUUGCAGUAAGCUAUACUCAUGUUUAGAUUUUUAAUGAGAUAGCCUUUUCCUGGACAUUCCAGUCACUAUCUGCUUUCCCAUUCAUUUUUUAUCCAUUCCUUUAUCUUC